AUGUCUAUUGUAUCAUUGAAAGUUUCGGACGACAAUCCUGUCACGGAAGAAACCGUUAAAAUACAGCUAGACAAGCUGGGUGUGUCACUCUCGCCAGGCGAGAAUGAGGAUUUCCAGAAAUUCCUGGCUGGUGCUCACGAAACAGCUAAAAUCGUGGACGCAAUGUGUGACUACAAGCCAGAAACAGAUUUACAGCGGUUUCCUAGAAAAAAUGUUCAACCGGUGAUGGCCAAAGAUGCGUUGGGCGCAUGGGUUUACAAGUUCGAUCUCCAAGACACGCACGAUAACAAUGGGCCACUAGCGGGCGUCACUAUCUGCGUGAAAGACUGCAUCGGUAUCGCCAAUAUCCCACAAAUCAUGGGAACCGAUUGUUGGGACCCAUGGGUACCUUCAGCUGACGCUACUGUGGUGACCCGUUUACUAGAGGCAGGUGCCAAAAUCAUAGGAACUUCGAAUUGCGAGCAGCUAUGUGCCUUCACAGGAAGUCAUACCUCGUGUCUUGGAAACGUUCACAAUCCUUACUUGCAUGGUCAUUCGUCAGGUGGGAGCAGUUCUGGAUCGGCAGCGCUAGUCGCUGCAGGUGAAGCAGAUAUGGCACUGGGCGCCGACCAAGGUGGUAGUAUUAGAGUCCCGGCUGCAAUGUGCGGUUUGGUGGGACUUAAGCCGACUUUCGGGCUGGUCCCUUACACUGGAAUUACCAGUAACGAGUACACGCUCGACCACGUAGGACCCAUGACAAGAACUGUUGAAGAAAAUGCCAAUCUUUUGCAGGUACUGGCGGGUGUUGAUACCUUUGAUGACCGUCAGUCUGCAGUUCCUCACCAGUUAAAUUUUGAGUUCAAGGCGCCUCGCAAGUUGACCAUAGGUAUUUUGAAGGAGGCCUUUGACGCUCCCUUCUUGGACGAAGCUAUGAAAAGAAAGGUAUUGUCAGCCAUCGAAAAGUUCAAAGACGCUGGUUACGAUGUGGUGGAAGUCGAUGUUCCAAUGCACGCACAAGCCCCGCAAAUUUGGUCCGUGAUUGAGAGAGUUUCCGGUCUCCACAGCCGGUUAGGACAUGCUAGUGGGAGAAGACUGUAUUCGGACCCAGAAUUUUUCAAACACACUCAUGGUCUAGGCGGUAGAUAUUUCUCAAAAGCGCCAGUGAACGUUCGAAACAGUAUCAUCAACGGAUUGUAUUUUGACGAAAACUUCCCUGGAAUUCAUGCCAAAGCAACUAAUCUGGUCCUGAAGCUGCAGGCCAAUUACAACCAGGCUCUGAGCAAAGUCGAUCUCCUCGUAGCGCCUACUACUCCGUUUUGUGCGCCGCCACACGGUCCCCGUGAAGGCUCGCCAACCGAAAGAGUGAGUAGCACUUUCGGAAUCAACAGCAAUACAUGUCCUUUCAACUUAUCCGGACACCCAGCUCUCAAUCUGCCCAUUGGUUUCAUGCCUAGUAAAAGCUUUCCGUCAAGCAAGCUUCCUGUGGGUAUGCAAAUCAUUGGAAAGCAUUUUGACGAAUCAACAAUAUACACCGCUGCUUUCGCAUGGGAGCAAAGAUUCGAUUGGCGUUCAGAUUGA